AUGAUAGCUUUAGACAAGUGUUUGGAAACGCUGCUAGAUGCUUACGUGAAACAACACUGCGCACAACAACGACGUAUUGGCUUGCUUGGUACUGCAGCGUAUCUGAUUGGAUCGAAGCUGGCGAAUACUGAUGAUAUUCAUGUGGCGCAUAUUGCUCUUUGUCCAUUGCCUGAGACUGCUGAUGAUGAGGCUGGAGAUAUGCAGUCGCGUUUGAUAGAUGCAGAAUGGAUCAGCGAACACGGAUCAAGAGUUGUACGCUUAUUGCCCGGGGGUAUUUCUAUUGUCGGAUUACUGUGGCUGGCCGACAAAAGGUUAGCGCUUCCAGCAAGAACAAUGCUCAUCGAAGCUCUGGCUUCUAUCAACAAGCAGUCGGAUGCAUUAAGCUCUCUUGCAUUACGAACUUCUGAUCCGAAAAUGGCUCUGAUAACAGUAGAGACACCUUUGGGUAGACCGCAGGGUUAUAUCGUGGAUUGUACUCGUAAAGGUGCUGAAGGAUGGCAGACCAAAGUUGCAUUCACUCAGGUACACAUAAUUCUGAAUUCUGAACUUAUAAUUAUGAUCUGGGCGUAUAUGUGGAAUUUUAAGCUAGAUUGGAUCUCACUCGAAUCAUCAGCAAGCGUCAAUAUGACAGUACCAAUAAAUGAUCCAACGAUGCUUUCCAAUUUCAAGCGUCAGUUUGUCGCAGCAAUCUGUGAAUGGACACAAGAUGUCGUCUUUAGCACCUUUAAUAAUGCCUCUAAACUCAAAGAACUUCUCUAUCUUUUUACCGAUAUAGCACUGGUGGAUGGUCGUUUAAGACAUGGCGAUGAUCCUCUACGAACUGGUACCAAUAAAAAAGGUCGUGCAUCGAAUAGUCCAGUCAGGAUUGAAACUUUUGCAUCAAUAGGAACGAGGAAAGAUAAAGACUGUUAUCACGGUAUAGCACAAUAUUGCUCGUUGUGCAUAGUUGAACUGAGUGCGGACAUCAAUGUUCGAGCAGCAGUUCCGUCGAAAGCAACUGUACGGCAAGCAGUAGAUGCCGUUAAAGAACAUGUUAUUAGAUCGAUAUGCAGCCGAGCUGAGUUACACUAUGAGAGCACGGACGUUGUGGAGGACGAGCAAAAGGAUCGUCUAUCAGUUCAUCAGUUACCUCGAAUUGCUUCGACCCCACUACCAUCGCAACCUGCAAUCGUCUUCAGCGAUUUCCUUUUCGAAGGAGAUUCGAAAUUCGAUGCGCAUGAGUCAUUCAACGAUUACCUCACCCUCGACGUUAACGAAGAGGAAAUAGAAGAUGAUUUGGAAAGACAUCUAGAAGAUACAGAUCUGGCAGAGAUUGGUAGGAGUGAAGAGGGACCUCGUCGAGCGCAUCGUUCGAGUUCGUCGGCGUCCAGUCACCGUUCCACAUCAUCAUCAUCAUUGAACCGUUCACUGAAUCAUUUCAUUAGUUCCACAAAUCAGCCAUUAUUCACUAAGAAUUACCUCAUCCUAGUUUCCAUUUUUGUUGCUCUUAUUGCUAUUGUUAUUUAUAUUUUGAUAAAUUCUUUAGGUGAGUGA